UUUUUAUGUAAAGGAGACAAGAGUAAGCUCUUGCAUGCCUUUCCAGUGUUUGAGGAUGCUGAUGGUGGCUGUGUCCAUGCUCCAGUAGAAUACACCCCUACCAAAGAGCUUGCUGAGUCAGUCAGCAAAUAUGGGCCUGAUGCCAAUUUUACCAUUAUGCAACUUGAAAGACUUGCAACCAUGGCAAUGACACCCAAUGACUGGCAGAACACAGUGAAGGCUGCACUUUCUAGUAUGGGACAAUACAUGGAAUGGAAGGCCUUGUGGCAUGAUGCCUCCCAGGUUCAGGCCAGGGCUAAUGCCAAUGCGGAGGGCAAUGAAAGGUACCGGACCUUUGACUUGUUGAUGGGUCAAGGACUCUUCGUCUAUAACCAAACAAACUAUGAUUGGGGAGCUUAUGGCCAGGUCUCGGCAGCCGCUAUCAAGGCGUGGAAAGCUCUCUUGAAGAAAGGUGAGGCAGGAGGACAUUUGAAAAAGGUCGUACAGGGCCCCCAAGAGCCAUUUUCUGAUUUUGUGGCCCAGAUGAUUGAGGCGGCAGGUAUAAUUUUUGGAGACCCAGAGCAGGUCAAACCAUUAAUUGAACAGUUGGUUUUUGAAAAUUUGCCUUUGUUAAAGUGCUUUAUCACUGUGACUGGAGAGGACAUGGGGACAAGAUACUAUUUUUAA